CUUCCCAAUGAAUAUACUUGUGUGUUCUCGUGGGAUUCUUCUUUUUCUUGACUAUGGAGUUACGUACCCUUUUAAUCCCAAUAUAUGCUUGUUGCCUGUCAAAUCUUACAGUUCUUUCUUAAGUGCAUGUUCAUUUGGAGUUUUGCUUAUCAGCUGGAUGCUUGCUGUUUGAGUUGACUUGUUCCUUGGUGCUAUUCUCUAGAAGCUUUAGCUGUAUAAGUUUGUGAGCUCUAACCAAGCUGAUCAUCGUUCCCAGGUUGUUCCUCUUGUUGUCCUCUUGUGGAGGCAUAGGUUGAGUACCAAAUGGGCAGUAAUCUUGUUUCUCAUUAUUGAGGAAGCUCUUACCCAUCCCCUCCUCCUGUAGAUUGUUGGACUUCCUUAAGGUCUUUGAAAUUGGUUUGCAGUUUGCUUUCUGGGUUUCUCAUUUUUGUCAUCCAUAAAGUAAAUGAAAAUCUUGUCUUUUAAUUUGAGAACCGAGAGUUUGGCCCGUGUUCUCAGUGCAACUGUAAUGUAGCCCAUGGUUUGCGAAUUCUGUGCAACGAUUGGUUCAGUAUUUUUGUUUCAUCUCCAGUGCUUGGCAUCAAGUCAUUGUAAGUAUCGUGGGUGACCACUGUCAACAAUCACUGUAAGCAUGGAAGAGACCUUCGUGCCAUUCCAGGGGAUCAAGAAUGACCUGAAAGGAAGGCUCUUGUGCUACAGACAGGACUGGACUAGUGGUUUUACUGCAGGCAUCAGGAUUCUUGCUCCAACUACCUACAUAUUUUUUGCAUCGGCCAUCCCGGUGAUAUCAUUUGGAGAACAAUUGGAGAGAAGUACAGAUGGAAUCCUGACUGCAGUUCAAACCUUGGCUUCCACUGCACUCUGUGGCAUAAUACAUUCUAUUCUUGGGGGUCAGCCUCUUUUGAUCCUUGGUGUAGCGGAGCCAACUGUGCUCAUGUAUACAUUUAUGUUUAGCUUUGCUAAAGACAGGGCAGAUUUGGGACCAAAAUUCUUCUUGGCAUGGACCGGAUGGGUAUGUGUUUGGACUGCAUUUCUGCUGUUCUUGCUGGCAAUAUUGGGUGCUUGCUCAAUUAUUAACAGAUUCACUCGUGUAGCUGGGGAACUGUUUGGCCUGCUCAUAGCCAUGCUCUUCAUACAACAGGCUAUUAAAGGUCUUGUGGACGAAUUUCGAGUUCCAGAAAGAGAAAAUCCCAAACUCCUGGAGUUCUCGCCAGCAUGGAGGUUUGGCAAUGGAAUGUUUGCUCUUGUACUUUCCUUUGGACUCCUGUUGACUGCAUUAAGAAGCCGGAAAGCUCGGUCAUGGCGAUAUGGAACAGGUUGGCUGCGAGGACUUGUUGCGGACUAUGGUGUGCCUCUAAUGGUUCUUCUAUGGACCGCAAUUUCAUAUAUACCUGCCAGAGACAUUCCAAGAGGAAUUCCUCGGCGCCUCUUUAGCCCCAAUCCAUGGUCUCAUGGUGCAUAUUCAAACUGGAUGGUGAUUAAGGAAAUGGUAGAUGUGCCACUUCUGUAUAUAUUUGGUGCAUUCAUACCAGCAACGAUGAUUGCUGUUCUCUACUACUUUGACCACAGUGUUGCUUCUCAACUUGCUCAACAGGAAGAUUUUAAUUUAAGAAAGCCACCUUCAUAUCAUUAUGAUCUCCUUCUUUUGGGGUUUUUGACUUUGCUAUGUGGCCUUAUUGGCGUCCCUCCAUCAAAUGGUGUCAUCCCACAAUCUCCUAUGCAUACAAAAAGUCUGGCAACUCUCAAGCAUCAGCUUCUACGUAACCGGCUGGUCACAACAGCUCGUAAAAGCAUCAACCAGAAUUCAAACUUGAACCAACUUUACGGAAAUAUGCAGGAAGCUUAUCAGCAAAUGCAGACCCCCUUAAUCAAUCAAGGCGCGUCUUCCAUCGGCCUGAAGGAACUAAAGGACUCCACGAUCCAAAUGGCUUCAAGUAUGGGAAUGAUGAAUGCACCAGUUGAUGAGACUGUGUUUGAUGUUGACAAGGAAAUUGAUGACUUAUUGCCUGUGGAGGUCAAAGAACAAAGGUUGAGCAACCUUAUGCAGGCGAUAAUGGUUGGAACCUGCCUUGCUGCCAUGCCAGUUCUAAAGAAAAUACCAACAUCAGUACUUUGGGGUUACUUUGCUUUCAUGGCCAUUGAAAGCUUGCCUGGUAACCAGUUCUGGGAAAGGAUACUGCUUCUAUUCACGGCUCCAAGCAGAAGAUACAAAGUGCUUGAGGAAUGUCAUGCAACAUUCAUAGAAACAGUGCCCUUCAAAGCCAUUACCACUUUCACAAUCUUUCAGACAAUCUACUUGCUCAUCUGUUUCGGAAUCACAAAGAUUCCCAUUGCUGGCGUUUUGUUUCCUAUGAUGAUCAUGCUGCUAGUUCCUGUACGACAAUAUCUUCUACCCAAGUUUUUCAAGGGUGCACACCUUCAAGAGUUGGAUGCAGCAGCGUAUGAAGAAGCUCCAUCUCUAUCUUUCAACACUACAGCCUUGCAGGAUCAUGAGAUAAGUGGUGUUGCUGCAGCUAUGAGGGGCACCUCUACAGAUGAUGGGGAGAUACUAGAUGACAUUAUUACUCGCAGCCGUGGUGAAAUCAGACAUGCCCAUAGUCCAAAAGUAACUAGCUCAAAGGAAUCGCCCAUAACAGAUUUCAAGGGGUUACCAAGCCCACAGAUCUCAGAAAGACGGUACAGCCCACGCGUAGCGGAGCUAAGGCGAGAGCGAAGUCCCUGGACUGGAAGUAGAGGGACGUUUAGCCCACAAGCAAGUGAAGCAAAAUCAUAUUAUUUGGGAGGUUGUGCUGGUUCUGUUACAAAAUAGUAUGAUGCAGCUUAUACAAAUGUACUCUCUUUUCCUUGAUCAAAUAAAUGAGCUCUUGUUUUGCCUA